AUGCGUGAGGUCAACUUCAGCAUCCCCAACGCCAACAAGGCUUCGGUCGGCAUCACCACCGCCCUCUACGACCGCCGCGCCCUCGACUGCACCUCGACCCUCCCGCUCAUCAACUCGCUCAACCACCUCGCCUACCUGACCACCUCGUCGGCCCGCAUCCGCGACAUCCUCACCGUCGACGGCGGCAUCGAGCGCCUGAUAUGCAUCCUCAAGGACGGCCGCAGCAAGGACAUGAUGGACAUGUGGAAGUGGAACCUGGCCUUCCAGUGCAUCUUCAACAUUGGCGUCCGCGGCUCCGAGAACGUCCGCACCCGCGUCGUCGAGGCCGACAUGGUCCCCGUCAUCGCCACCAUCCUCGACAACUACAUCAAGGUCGUCGAAAAGUACAGGGAGAGGGCCGAGGCCGACAUGCAUCGCUCUGCACGACUCGGCGCCUCCACCCGACACCACUCGUCGCGCUCCGGCGACACCCCCUCGCCCUCCACCCCCAGGUCAGACCGCUCGCGCCGUGCCGCCAUCCCUCCCCCCAUUGAGAUCCCCCAGCUGCCCCCGCACCCUGGCCUGACCCAGCCGACAAUCCCCCUUGUCGACAACCUGGUCGACGGCCAACCCAUGCCUGCCUUCACCCUGAGCUCUCCCCCCGAACGCACCACCUUCAACCGCGGACGGCCCUCGCACCACCACCACCACCACCACCACAACCACAACCACAAUCACCGCCCCCACCACGACACGCGAGCCCCGCUUUUCGCGGCUGCUCCCCGCAACCUCGCACAGCCCCUGGCCACCGCCCUGCCCUCCAUGGACACGACAGCAGAUGGUUUCGCCCUGCGACCCGUGCGAGACGCCGAUCGGCUGCCCUCCAUGCUCCCGGCCCUGGCAGGGGAGAUGACUUCCCAGCCCCAGUCGCCCACCACGCCCAGCGCUCCACAGGCACGCCAAGCCAGUCCGCGAGCGGGCCUGACCCGAACCCGCCGCCGACCCUCGAUCCGACACCAGCUCUCCAUGUCGGGAGAGUCGGAUCUCGACGCACAGCAGGAGGAGCUGUCCAUGGACGCUGUUGCAGCCGCAGGCCCAGCUGCAAACGAGCCCAUUGUCGGCAUCCAGAACGAAAUCGACCUCUCGGACAUGGUAGACAAUGCAGAGAUGAUGGACGCUGGCACAACACCCGUCCCCCUGGCAGCACCUUCGGACGCAGCCGACGAGAACAACGAGACGUUCAACAUUACACAUCGCCCUGCCCUCGACGGCAGCUUGAUCAACCCCACAAACACGCCCCCCACCGCCGCCACCAUCCCCGGCUUCUCUCCCAUGCAGCCUGCCAUGAACGUGGCCAACGCGAACCCCCCACCGCCAUGGUACCCUCGCUACGCCCAGGACCGCAAUGCCACCGCCGGCGUGCUGGCUGCCAUGCCCCGCGACGAAGAUGUCCUCAUGUCCCUGCAGCUGCUGGCCUACGUUUCCAAAUACUGCAACCUCCGCUCCUACUUCCAGCAAUCCCACCUUGUCCCCAAGCUGAAGAUUGGCUCCGACCUGCAGCUGCUGGACGGACAGGUGCCAGCACCCAAGACCGACGCGGAAGCGGAGGAGGAACGGGAAGAGUACGAGCUACCAGACGACUUCAACAUCUUCCCUCUUGUCGAGCAAUUCACCGUUCGGCACCACACCUCGGACAUGCAGUACUGGGCGAGCGUUGUCAUGCGCAACCUUUGCCGCAAAGACGACUCCCGAGGCGGCAUCCGCCAGUGCGCAUACUACCAGUGCGGUCGCUGGGAGGAGUACACACGUCAGUUUGCAAAGUGCCGCCGCUGUCGAAGGACAAAGUACUGCAGCAAAGAGUGCCAGAAGAGCGCGUGGGUGUUCCAUCGCCACUGGUGCGUAGCCGCAGCCUAG